AUGGUUGAAGUAUAUAUAAUAUAAAUAAAGAUUAGAUAAAUGCAUUUAAAAAGGAGUUACCUAAAGUAGAGAUGGAUAAUAGGAUCAAAGAGCAUAUCAAGCUUAUGAAUGAUGAUGAGGAAAGUAAAUUGGUUAAAGCAUAGAAAACUAUACAAAAAUAUGAAAAAGAUGUUGAAGACCUUAAUUAGUAUGUAACUUAAAAAAUCAUAGAUAAAUAGAUUAUAUUUAAAAAUAAGAUGCUAUACAAAAGAGAAGGAUAAAUCAAUUAGAAACCUGAACUAUCUUAAUCAAUGA